GUGAGUGGACGGCAGGGCGCGGACAUAUGUGAAGUAUUGCGUUCGGGAGGGGGGCGAUUGGGCACUGGAGCAAGCUCCUAUUUAUUAGCGCAGUGAAGGGCGCGCGUUCCAUUUAGGGCUCCGGUCGACGGCGGAGGCAGCGCAGCCAUGGCCGCCGAGGCGCCGCAGCUCGUGCGUGCGCUCUACACCUUCCGAGCCACCAACGACGAGCUGACCUUCAAGAAGGGCGACGUGAUCACUGUGACGCAGCGCGACGACGACGACGACUGGUGGGAGGGAACGCUGGACCACACCACCGGCUGGUUCCCCUCCAACUACGUCAAGGAAUGCUCCGCCGCAGACACGCAGGUGGCCGCCGCGCCGACCGAGCUCGUCAGCCAGCAGCGCGUCUACCGCUCCAUGGUGCUUAAAGACAUCAUCGACUCGGAGCGGGCGCACAUCGGCGAGCUGCAGACCCUGGUCAAGAACUUCCUGCACCCGCUGAGCAGGGCCGAUCUGCUCUCGGUGGCCGAGUACCGGCAGCUGACGGGCAAUCUGGAGGAGGUGAUCGCCGAGCACAGCCGUCUUCUGACCGAGCUGGAGCAGCAGCACACGGCGCAGGACCGGCCGCAGCGCGCCGGAAACGUCUUCCUCAGCCGCGCGCCCGAACUCAAGCGCGUGCACACUCAAUACUGCGCCAACCACCCACGUGCCGUGUGCGUGCUCGACAAGUUCAAGGAUGCGCUGAAUACUUUCAUGGAGUCGCAGGGCGCCCACACGCCUGGCAUCAUGGUGCUCACCACCGGCCUGAGCAAGGUGUUCCGUCGCCUGGACAAGUUCCCCUGCAUGCUGCAGGAGUACGAGCGCCACCUGGAGGAGGGCCACCCGGACCGCGGCGACACGCAGCGCUCCAUCCACGUCUACAACGACAUCACGACGAGCUGUGCCGCGAUCCGGCGCCAGAAGGAAACCGAGCUGGAGAUACUGUCUGGCAACAUUCGCCGCUGGGAGGGCGAGCAGAUGGCCAGCCUGGGCGAGAUCGUGCACAUGGGCUCGGUGGCGGUGGGCAAGGACCACAGCGACCGCUACUUCGUGCUGUUCCGGACUACGCUGGUGAUGCUGAGCGUGUCGUCCCGCAUGUCGGCCUUCAUAUACGAGGGGAAGCUGCCGCUGUCUGGCAUCAACGUCACCAAGCUGGACGACUCGUCAGAGCAUAAGAAUGCCUUCGAAAUUGCCGGGCCGAUGAUCGAGCGUAUCGUGGCCGAGUGCCAGACGCGCGACGAGCAGCAGACCUGGGUGACGGAGCUCAACGGCCAGAUCCAGGCGGCGCGCCAGUCGGCCUUCCUGCCGAGCCAACCACAGCCGAUUCCGCACACGAGCGUGGCACCACCUCCGCCGCCGCACCACGCGCCCAUCAGCGAGGUCGGUGCCCUGAGUGCCACCUCGCUGCGGCCCUGGACGGCCGCCUGCCUGCGCCCCUCGCCGCCGCUGCGGCCCUGCCUGGCGCUCGGACGCGAGGACACCAACCGCAAGAGCAGCAGGAAUAUGGUGUACAAGUACAGGAAGCGAGGUGACGAGCGGUCUUACGAGGACGACGCGCUCAUCCUACGUGUGAUCGAGGCCUACUGCACCAGCUCGCAGCCCAGGCACACCGUCAACUCCUCGCUGCUGGACCCGCCCCAUGCGAUUCCGGAAGAGGAACGGCCGGCAGCGCCACAGCAGGAGGAGCGGCUCCUGGACAGCGUGCACCAGCUGCGCGAGGAGGUGCGCCAGCUGCGCGACCGGCUGGACGAGGAACGCCGGCGCCGGCAGCACCUGGAGACGAUCGUGCGCACCCAGCUGCUACCGGGCCGCACCGAUCUGCGCUGGGAGGACUGAGCCGUCCGGGCAGCCCGGCCGGCGCCGUCGAUCCUCCUCCCGCCUGGCGUCGAGUCUCCAGCGGGCGCAGGAUCGCCUGGUGUGUCUGGCCGCUAUUGGAGGAUCCGCCCGACGUAUCUGGCGGCUGUAAGAGGGUGAACUGAGGGGCGAUUGUUCGAGGACUAGCUGACGUGUCAAGGAACUGUGGGAGUCAACUGGCGUGUGUGCUAGCUGACGGAGGAUCAACUGGCCUGUGUGCUGGCUGGCGGAGGAUCAGUUGGCGUGUGUGCUGGCUAGCGGAAAAUCGGUUGAUGUGGCCGCUUGCUGGCGCAGGAUCAGCUGACGUGUGUGCUGGCUGGCGGAUGAUCAGCUGACGUAUGUGCUGGCUGGCGGAGGAUCAACUGGCGUGUGUGCUGGCUGUCGAAGGAUCUGCUGGCUGGCGGAGGAUCAACUUGUGUGUGUGCUGGCUGGCAGAGGAUCAGCUGACGUGUGUGCUGGCUGGCGGAGGAUCAACUGACGUAUGUACUGGCUGGCGGAGGAUUAACUGACGUGUGCUAGCUGACGGAGGAUCAACUGGCGCUUAGGGCGGUUAAUGUGAUAUAGCUGCGACCGAUUAUGCUCGAUAUCUUCAACUGGGCCAACCAGAUGGGGGGGGGGGGGGGGGGCACGAACCGGAGGUUCAGCGACAACCGUAGAACUGGUGUCAUGUAACACCAGUUCUACGUGUCACUGGGUUAGUUCUUUGAGGGUUGGGAGCAACGGACUAUGUCGGAAGAUUGUCAUGUUUCCGAACGCGUCAUGAGAGCUACGUCUGGGGCAGGCGCCGGUCCCAGCUGUCUGACUUGAGUUCUACCGCGUACCAUCGGCACUACAUGGCCUGUUCUUCCGACCGUUGUCCGUACAGUCGUAGUCAUUCAGCCCACAGUGUUGUUACACGCUGAUCCUGGUAGCGGCUCGCCAGUAAGGAAUAGUUACUACCGAACCACAUGUUCAUUGGAAUUCCAAUGCCAAUUGCGUGCCUGCGAUUUCACUAUUGUGUUUACGCUGCCCGGCUGUCCGCAGCAAGCGAGUCUGUUUUGCAGCUGUUCUGGUAACAACCUUGAUUGCCUAUCAGGCAUUGACGCUAGAAGGAACCCAAUAACCAACCUUGGACGUGUCACGUUUACGUAUGUGUCACUGAAUGUUUGCCAGUGCGGGCCGAAUAUUGUAAUAAACUUUUUAGAUCAGGA